ACCAGCACCAGCACCACUUCUAGUAUCUGUACUCUUGCUUCGUGAUCUGAUCUGAUCUGAUAUGUCGCGCCGUGUCUACGGUCGAUAAGUUCGUCUGCGCACUGCUACUGCUCGUUCAGCUGCUGGAUCGAAGGAAUCGAAGGUGAAGAUCGGAGGUGAAGAGUCCGCCAGUGCCGACUUUGUAACUUCUGGACUUGUGUGUCGUCAACAUGGGCUCCUUGAUGGCUGGAUGGCAGACUAACUCCCAGGACUCCGAGAAAGCUGCGUUCAAAAGAUCGACCUCGUCUGUGACGCGAGAGGAAGUCCAUCGAUUCUGGAAAGCGAAGAGGAGCAUGAUGGAGAAACAGUUGCAAGAAGCGCAGAGGGAUGUGAGCCAUGCUCGAACCAUCGCUCUGCCUGGAUCGCCCACCUACGAUUCGGGAUUUGAGAGCCCCGGCAGUCCUGGCAGCAUGAGUGGAAGUCCACCCAUGACGCCAACCACUCCCACUACAAGUGCAAUGAGAGAGGCCAGUAGCACCGAUAUUCCAGGAUGGUGGAAGAAGAGCAAUUGGGCGUUCCUGAAUGCACCUCCAAUAGUGGAGGACCGGAGCAACCGCUUUGAGUCUCAGUAUGCAGUCAGCGAGCCGCUGAAGGCGGAUUCGGAUGCUCCAACGAACUCGAAAAUGUUCAUGAUGCACUCGAGAAGCAACUUGACAUAACACAGUCUCGAGACAAUGUGGAACUCCUGUGGUGGCUAGGAGUGAAGAAUUGGGGGUGCUCUUCUACUACACAGCUUCAUUUGCCCCGGGCUUUCUCCCAUCUGUACUUGACAUGUACAUAUUAGUUUGGCUUUGGACAAGGUGCGAGCACAAGGUUCUUGACUGUUCGAAUCAAGUGCUUCAACACUGAGCAGUUUUAUGGAGACCAACGAAUUCAGGAGCAGUGCGAAGAAAAGGCUGGUCGACGUCAUUUCCAGGAGUACUCUUGCAGGAUCAUGUACAUAAAGCAUUACGAUAGUGAAUCUCGACCUGGCCAUUCCGUAGGCCGGUGUGAACUGCAAAGAGGUAACUAUUGACUAGAUCUGUACGGGAGAUCUCAUGCGUCAGCAGCAGCAGCAGCGUGCAACAAUCGAGGAAAUGGAAAAGGGAGAGUCGAGAAGUAGAACAAAUAGUAUCAGCUUCCAGGGUGGUGAACUUUGGAAGUUUUGUCAAGAUAUUCGCGAGGAUUUUGUUUGGUCUAGGCUUUGGUAGCUUCACGAGACAGAACGAAUAUGCACACGGAGUUUUACAACUGAACCACUUGUCGAUCAUUAUAUCCCACGAGCCGAAGGAGGACACAAUCAACACAACAGGCGUGAACACGACGGUAUCAGCUCGCUCUAUUUUUUAGGCCGUAGGAUAUGGUGGUCCAUUCUGCAUGGCAGAUUUACUAUAGCUAUCUGAUUUGGCUCCUUCCAGCAACUGAACUGGACUGAUCUGUACAUAAAGCUGGAAGUCCUUUUCAUGGGCAUGUAUUGACCCUUAUGUCAAUUCUAUGCUCUGUUUCAGUACGAAUUUAAUAUGAUUCUCGUAAUUGGUCAUCUACGAGGCUUAUUCUGCCUGGAAGGCAUCAAUGAUACAAAGUGUUUCGUCGGCUACGGUGGAGGACUUGGACCGCUCCCAACACGGAAUGACCAUUUUAUGUAUUACACACAAGGUUAUUGUGGCACAUCGCCCC